AUGAUAUAUAUCAAUUACAUAGUUCUCAUACAUUUAUUAACUUUAAUUUGUGCACAAUUACCAUCAUCCAGUACUUCUCUACUACCGGUAUACAAUCCAACAACUCGUUGUCAUCACCUGACUCUAUUUGAUCAAAAUCUUACAUUUGCUCUUUGUUUUCAACGUACAUCAGAGAAACAACAUCCACAUAACCAUAAUUCUGCAUCGAAAUUUUGUUCAACUAAUUAUCCGCCGGAUGGCCAUUCAGUUGAUUUAUUCUCUUUAUCUUCAUCAACGAUCGAUAAACUUUUCCAAAGUUUAACUAAUCUUUACAACGUAAAAAAUUCUUAUAUAGAUCCACCCAAACCAAAUUAUCUAUGGAUAGGAUCAAAUUUCACACAGACUUUAACAAAUAAUGAAUUUUGGUGUCCAGAGCAAUGUCGCGAAAACAAUGAACCACAAAACUUUUUAAUAAUUAACAUACGUUGCCCAUAUAAUAAUGUUAGUAAACCAUGUGUAUCGACAAAAAGUCUACAUUGGAAACGUGCUCCAUUUAUUUGUUUAACCAAUCAAGCGAUAACCAUCGAAAAUCAAAUUUCAUUAGAACCUAUUCAUGUUACACCAAUUUAUUCAAAUGACACCAUUGUUUUCUAUGAUAAAAAUUCCUGUUUAAUUGUUCGUACAAGAACGCAUCAAUAUACAUUUUGUUUUCGACGUCAAUCAUGUUCGCAUUCAAAAAACAGUGCAUUUUGUACUGCCCGACAUGAUGCAAGUCGUAUAUGUAAACAUGAAAAAAACGGUUCAAAUCUAUUGACAAUAGAAAACGAUGAUGAAUAUCAACUUGUAUCUGAUAUUAUUUCUCGUUAUUCAAAUGAAACAAUACUUAACGAAGAUGGUAUUCUAACAAAUAAACGUAAUUCGCCUGCACAAUGGAUGUGGAUUGAUGGAGUGAAAAGUUCUAAUAAUACUUAUCGAUGGUAUACCGAUGAUAAUGUUGAAGCAACAAUUACAGACAAGUACUGGUGUGAUAAAAUCGUGAAUUGUUCAGGCGGACGAGGAAAUGAUCACGUCGCAUUGAGCAUCAGUUGCCAAGCGAAUAGCAAUAGCCUACAAGCUUGUCUAGCGUCAAAACGACGAUCAGAACCAGCACCAUUUGCAUGCAAACGGACACUAAGAAAGAACGAAGACGUCAUAUUGAACUAUACUCUUCUUCGAAGUUCAACUCCUGCUACAAUAGAAUCGACUCCUGCUACAAUAGAAUCGACUCCUGCUACAAUAGAAUCGACUCCUGCUACAAUAGAAUCGACUCCUGCUACAAUAGGAUCAACUCCUGCUACAAUAGAAUCGACUACUGUAACACCAGUUUAUGAAAAAAAUGAAACAUCGAUUUACUAUGACGAACAUCAUUGCUUAACUGUUCAAACACGUUCUCAUCUUUAUACAUUUUGUUUACGCCGACAAAAUUGUACAGCGACAAAAGCCUACUGUACAAAAUGGAGCCAAGCUCAAAACGAUUGUAAAACACUGAAAAAGCAAGCAGAUUUAUUAACGAUCGAAAACGAUCAAGAAAGAUCAUUAGUCACAGAUAUAAUUCAAAAUUAUUCACAUGAAACACGUUUAACAUUCAACGGUAGUUCAUACCGAUUUUAUCAUUCAUCAGAUUUUGUAUGGAUUGAUGGAGUACUACAAGCUGAUUCUCAAAGAUAUUUAUGGAAUAAUGCACGUGAACCUAUACCAGAACAUUUAUGGUGCCCGAAAAAUGAAUGUAAUUCAACUCCUCAUGAUCGUGUUAUGUUAAAUUUAAUGUGUCAUAAAAAUAACUCAUUAGUCUGUUUGGGUACACGUACCGAAUGGCAUCCAGCACCUUAUAUUUGUAAACGUAUACGAACCAAAGAUCAAUGUCCUUUAUUAUUUGAUAAACUUCUUUAUAUUCCUUCAAGUGAAAUGAUAAUUAUAGCAGUAAAUCGAACGCUAGUAUCCAUUCAAUGUAGACAUCCGGAGUAUUCUACAGAAAUAAAACUGCAGUAUCAAUGUGAUAUUCAGACAAAUCAAUGGAGAUUAAUCUAUGAAAAUGAUAAUUUUACUUGCCCUGUUUAUGAUAUUCCUCCAAUGAUGACAUCAAGUAAUGAGUCCCAAACAACCGGUGUUACAACUUCAACUCAAACGAUAUCUUCCGUGCCGAGUACUUCAAGUGCAAUAAAAGAAAAUGAUUGUUCACAAUCGGAACUGACAUCUAUAAUAAAUAAUUUACCAACUCAAAAUCGUAAUAUCUAUUCGCAAAGAUUAAAAUCCUAUUCAUCGUCGUAUUAUGAUACAAGAUUUAGAUGUUAUUUUAAUGAUUCAAUUCAAAUAACUUAUCGAUGUGAUUUAUCCAACAAACAAUGGAUCUAUGUUCAUGGAUUUACAAGUAGUUUUAACAAGUGUCAUUCACCGUGUAAUAAUGAUGAACGAAAUGCAUUAUUAAAUAAAUAUUUUACAACAAACGAACAAUCGAAAAUCCGCGCAAAGUACAUAGAACGAACCAAAUCAUUACGUUUAUCAUGUUUAAAUAUAAUUGAAAAUCGAUGGAAAUCAAUUAGAUAUAGAUGCGGUACAAUGACAAUAACAACUGCUCAGUGGUUUAAAUUACAUUCAUGUUUUCAAUCAACUGCAGUAAACACAACACAACCGCCUUUAAUAGUUUCUAUGUUGGUAAAUCAAAUAGUACCUCCAUGUCCUCCAGUAGUAGCUCGUGGUAGCCGAUGUGAGCGACAAUUGGGCGCAUAUAUAAUAGAUAGCAACGGAUGUAAACGAAAAGUAUGCCCAUCACUAAGUAAUUUAUGCAAUGCGAUCAGUUGUCCAUCGGACCGCAUAUGCCGAGUUAUACCAUGUCAAGCAUGUAUUCUAACUGAUUAUCUUCGGCCUGUCUGUGUGCAUCUUAGUCAAACCUCACUAUGUGAACUUCAAAGACAAUUAACUAUAUUAAAUGAUCCUGAAUCAAUUCGUCGUUGGGAACGUGAAGCGAUAGCUGUCGUUCAGCGAUAUGCUAGUGAACAACUACUACGAAUAUCAAUAAAUUGA